AGAGUUCAGUAAGCGAUCGGCUCUCAAAAGCCACGGACGCGUUUUCCUCUGAGUUUAUCAAAACAUCGGGUUCAACAACGUUACUUAUAUUUGAGAGUUGGCAAGUUUGUUUUCAUUCCAUCAACUGUGGCUUUAAUCAUUCAAACUGGAUUCCAACAAGCAGUACGUGUCGCGAUUGCAUCGCGGCUACAGGAGGCUUAAGAAAUUAUUCAAGCGUGUGGCGAACCAGGCGCUUACCGUUUCGCCACAGCCGGCUGUAGCGGUGGAGGAGCCGGUGUCAAAAAUGUCUCCACCGACGAACGACGUGACCAACGGGGUCGUGGCGCCCCAAAACACCGCGGCGCCCCGGGUUCCUCCCACCACGAAUCCGGCCCUGGCCCAUACGAAUCGCACCCCUGCGAAAUACACUCCAAAAGAUUUUAUCUUUGGCAAGGUCAUCGGCGAGGGUAGCUUCGGAACGGUCUACCUUGCAAAGGACAUUCAUACCGGCAAGGAACACGCCAUCAAGGUGUGCGACAAGCGUCACAUCAUCAAGGAGAAGAAGACUGAAUAUGUGACGCGUGAGAAGGAAGUGCUGAAUAUGCUGGCGGGUGCGAAGCAUUCAUUUGUCCGGCUUUACUGCACCUUCCAAGAUAUGGACCGUCUCUACUUCGUGCUUUCGUACGCGAAAAACGGCGAACUUCUACCUUACAUCAACAAGGUUGGCUCCUUCGACAUCGAGUGCACUAAAUUCUAUUCCGCCGAAAUCCUGAGAGGUUUGGAAUACCUUCACGGUCUUGGUAUAAUCCACCGAGACUUGAAACCAGAAAACAUCCUGCUGGACGAGAAGAUGCACGUCCUGAUCACGGAUUUCGGUUGCACGAAGAUAUUGAAAGAGCCCGAAGUACCGCUUAACGAAAAUGAGACUCACGUUCGAGAACGGAAGAAUUCAUUCGUCGGUACAGCUCAGUAUCUAUCACCGGAAAUUUUGACUGACAGAAAUGCCAGCAGAUCGUCAGACCUAUGGGCAUUUGGUUGUAUAAUAUACCAAAUGGUCGCCGGUCUGCCACCUUUCAGAGCAAGGAACGACUACAUGAUCUUCCAGAAGAUACAAAAACUCGACUACGAAGUUCCUGACGGUUUCUCGGAGAUGGCGAAGAGCCUAGUCGAACAACUCCUCGUUCUCGAUCCGACUCAGAGAUUAGGUGCGCAGGACGAACACGGCGCUGGUUAUCCCAGUAUCAGGGCGCAUCCUUUCUUCGAAGGAGUUGACUUUGAAACACUUCACGAACAAACACCACCACCGAUAUAUCCCUACCUGCCUGGUACUUCGGAGCACGAAGAAUUGAGAUCCCACUACCGAGUUCCCGAUCACCUGGAGCCUGGCCUUGACGACAAACAACUGACGAGGUUACUUGGGCUUGGUAUCGGCGAAGAGGAGAGGCCCGAACCAGUAGCCGUAGUCGAAAAGCCAAGAAAACAGGCAGGGAUUGCCGACCUAACACCGGAAGAGAUCAAAUCUAGGUUGCAGAAGCAAAGGUCGUCCAACAAGUGGGACUAUUUUGUUGAAGGCAAUUUAAUACUGAAGCAAGGACUGGUGCACAAGAGAAAAGGACUGUUUGCCAGAAGAAGAAUGCUCCUAUUAACAACCGGACCCCACCUAUACUACGUGGAUAUGGUAAACAUGGUCCUCAAAGGAGAAAUUCCAUGGAGUCCUGAGUUGCGGGUGGAACCCAAGAAUUUCAAGAUCUUCUUCAUCCACACGCCGAACAGAACGUAUUAUCUCGAAGAUCCCGAUGGUUUCGCGCUGGAAUGGUGCCGCGCGAUUGAAGAGAUGCGAGUCCAUUAUUACGGUCUCCAGGAAUCCACGGCUUGAGUA